AACUUGGGUAUGAGGGAGCGAGAGGGGCUGCAGCUGCAUUGCUAACAGGAAAUAAGAAUAUCCAUUAUAUCCAUCUGAUACUUUCACAGCUGCACAUUUGGAUUCUUUGUCAAUUUCGAAAUCACCAAAAACAUGAAUCAAAGAGAGCAAGGCUGAAACCUGAGCGCUGAAUUGUGGGGUCUAUCCUAGAAUUGAGCUCUUGACUGGAACGUUCUUUUUUGUACUUUCAGAAUGUUGGAACUUAACCUGAGUGAGACAAGUCUGUUUCAACAGACCAUGGCAUUGCUCUGGAAGAACCUGCUGCUGAAAUGGAGGAGGAAGUGGCACACUACCCUGGAAUGGCUGCAGAACUUGGCCUUUGUGUUCCUGAUGUUUCUAAUAAUUGUCCUAGGGCUUAAUAGCACCACAUCAGCGACUCAUAUAUCACCAGCACAAGUCCUUGGUCCAUUGGAUGCAUUUAACAAUUUCUCUGUUGGAUAUGUGAGCACCACCGCUACAUCCAGAGCUAUUAUGGAGAAGGUGUCCAGAAGCGUCAUUGUACCUGAUAUAAAGAUCCAAGAAUUUGCGGAUGAAGAGGAGCUAAUGGAGGCUUUUCGUAACAAGUCAGUGGUUGGAGUCACCUUUGUAGACAAGUUCAGUUACCAUAUCAGAUACCCACUGCACCAAAUGAAACAUCCAAAUGAUUACUUUGCUGUUAUGGGUCAUUGUGGCAGUGGCUUGCCAUUCUGCUAUCCUACAUAUUACUGGUCAGAUGGGUUCCUUUCACUGCAAGCAAGUAUUGACUCUGCUAUUAUUGAACUUGCCAGCAAUCAUUCUGUGUGGAGCAAUAUGGCUUCUAUUGUGGCAAUGAAAAUGAAAUCUACUGAACGGUCAUUUAGACAACUUUUGGAUGUUGGAUCAUUUAUUUUUGUUAUGCCCAUGUGCUAUGUUUCGCUGAUGUACCUCUUAUCCCUGUAUGUGACAAGAGAAAGGUGUGAAAUGAAGGAGAUAUUAAGAUUAAUGCGGCUCAAAGACUUAGCAUUUUGGUUAUCCUGGGGGUUGUUUUAUGCCUGCUAUGUAUUAAUAGUGGCCAACCUGAUGACUCUGGUCACAAAGCCUUUCAUAUUUAUAACAAGUUCCUAUGGUGUCAUUAUGCUUCUUUUCUUCCUUUAUGGAAUAGCUUUGAUGUCUUUCACCUUCAUGCUGAGUGCCCUGUUUAGGAGUCCCAGAGCAACAGCCAUUGCUGGGUUUUUUAUUACACUCUUACUCUCUUCUUUGGGUCUCACAUUACUAUUAAAGGAUCUUCCUAAAUCUCUUGAAGUCCUAUUGAGUAUCUUCCCACAGUUUGCCUUUGCAGUUGGAAUAACGCAGAGUGUUCAUAUGGAGAGUGAUAUAGAAGGCGUGUAUUUCUCCGAUUUGAUGGGGGCUUCUUCUCACAUGUUAUCCAGCUUCAUCAUUCUUGUUUUUGAUUCUGUAUUUUUCCUGGUCCUGACGAUUUAUUUAGAAAAAGUUCUGCCAGAUAAGCAAGGAGUUAAGCAUAAGCCAUUGUUUUUCCUGAAAGCUUCUUAUUGGUCCAAAGAGAAACUGUCUCCACUAAUGGUAGAAACUGACGAUGGUGGUGAAUCCUCCCUGGGAGACUUUGUUGAAAAGGUUCCUACGGAUUUACAUGGAAAAAAGGCUAUAAGAAUCCAUGGAGUUAAGAAAACCUACUCUGACAAAGACAAGAAAACUGAGGCUUUAAGAGGUCUACAUCUAAAUAUCUAUGAAGGGCAGAUUACAGCCCUGCUUGGCCAUAGUGGAGCUGGCAAAACAACGUUACUAAAUAUCCUUAGUGGGAUGUGUCCGACUUCUGGUGGAUCUGCAACUAUCUACAGUUAUAAACUCUCUAGCAUGAUGCACUUGGAAGAGAUAAAGAAAAGGGUUGGAUUUUGCCCACAGGCUGACAUUAAGUUUGAUCCUUUAACUGUGAAGGAAAAUUUAACCGUGUUUGCAAUGAUCAAAGGAAUCCCAUCAAAGCAAGUAGCACAUGAGGUCCGAAAAGUUCUGUCCGACCUGCAGAUGAAUGAUAUCGAAAACACAGAGGCUAAUAAAUUAAGUGGUGGACAAAGAAGAAAACUAACUUUUGGAAUUGCUAUUUUAGGAGAUCCGCAGAUCCUGCUUCUUGAUGAACCAACUGCUGGUUUGGAUCCAUGUUCACGGCUCCAUAUAUGGACCAUUCUGAAAGAAAACAAAGCAGAUAGAGUCACACUGUUCAGCACUCAGUUCAUGGAUGAAGCAGACAUUCUUGCUGAUCGAAAGGCUGUGAUCUCUAAAGGAAGGUUAAAAUGUGUAGGAUCCUCCUUGUUUCUCAAGAGAAAAUGGGGCAUCGGGUAUCAUCUAAGGAUGCAGGUGUCUUCGUCAUGUGAUGUGGAGCUCAUAACAUCUAUUAUUAAGCAGCACAUCCCUAAUGCUAAGCUUGCAGCACAAAAUGAAGAGGAGCUUACAUACACCUUGCCCUUUGAAAAUAUGGAUGUUUUCCCUGAUUUGUUUUUACAUUUGGAUGGCCAAGUAGGAAACAGCAUAGUGAACUAUGGAGUCUCCAUGACAACGCUGGAUGAUGUAUUUCUAAAACUAGAAGGGGAAGGAGAGAUAGAAAGUGGAGAUUAUGAGGUUUUCGGUCCUGAGUCCAGGACAACUGAGGACAGAGAGGAUUUUUCAGCUGAAAUGGAAGAGUCACUUUUAGUGAUGCCUGACUCUGUGACACUUAGUGGCCUUGCCCUGUGGAGACAGCAAGUAUUGGCUGUUGCAAGGAUUCGCUUUCUGAAGUUAAGACAUGACACUAAAAGCUUCAGAACAAUAUUGUUACUUCUGGUUCUUAUUAUUUUACCUCCGAUUUUAAGCAGUAUAUUGUCUAACAUUGCCAGUAAAUAUGAUUCUUGGGAACUCACCCCGAGUCUCUACUUUCAAAGUCCUGGAAGUCGACUAAACAAAUACUACACGGAUCUGCUGAUUCAUAACAACACUGGUUCAUCUAUUGACGACUUUGUUGGUGCAGUGAAGGAACAGAAUAUUGCAGUCAACGUGAUCAGUGGCACAUAUGACAUGGACACUGUAAAGUACAGAGGAGCCAUUGAAGUCUCUCAGGCCAAAGAGAUACAAGGUUACAAUUUUACCAUUGUGGCAAACCCCAAAGCACAUAACUCACUACCAGUGCUUCUAAAUAUCAUCAGCAAUGCUCUUUUGAAGGACUUCAAGGUCUCAGAACACAUCCGUGUGUGGAACCACCCUAUAUCUAAGGAUGAAAAUUAUAACUAUCAAACAGCAUAUAUAUCAAUUGUUUUUUUAUUGAUUUUUGCAUCGGGUCUUUCGCCUCACAUUGCAAUGAGCAGCACUGAAGACAACAGGAUCAAUGCCCGUACUCAGUUGAGGAUUUCCAGUCUCUUUCCAUCUGCAUACUGGUUUGGCCAAGCGCUUGUGGAUGUCAUUCUCUAUUGGAUUUUACUCUUCAUGAUGUUGGCCAUAUUCUUUGCAUUCAACAGCUACAUUCUAUUGGGUUUUGUUCCUUCUAUGGUGAUGAUCACCGGCAUCAUUGGAUAUGGCACGUCAAUGAUCCUUUGUGUUUAUGUCAUCUCUUUUAUUUUUGGAAAAGGAAAAAGUCACCACGACAGCUGGUCAUUAUUCUUUGUUAUAAUUUCUUUUGUGCCUAAUAUUUUUACGGAUAUUAUGAUGUUUCGCCUGUUUUAUUUAUACUUCUUUAUUUUUCCUUGGAGCGCACUAAAUGGAAUCAUGGAAUACGCUCACGACCUUCAGGUUUAUCCAGAUGAAAUAAACCGUACAGAGAUUAUCUUGCUGUUUAUGCCAUACCUGCAUCUCAUCAUAUUCUUUGGGCUACUUUGGUUUUUGGAAUGGAAGUUUGGAUUGAGGAGCUGGACUAUAGAUCCCUUAUUCAGAAUGUCCAGAAGAAAAAUUACUGUCCAGAAAAAUCCAGAGGAGCUGGGUGAUGAUGUGGAUGAAGAUGUGCUGGCAGAAAAAGAAAGGGUCAAAAAAGCAAUGACCACUGCCAAUGUGGAAGAGAAACCGGUGAUUAUUGUAGACAGUCUGCGCAAAGAGUAUAAAGUCAAGAAAGGAGGGUCCUUUUUCAAGAAGAACAGUAAAGCUGCCACUAAAAACAUCUCCUUUUGCGUCAGGAAAGGUGAGGUCCUGGGAUUGUUAGGGCCCAAUGGAGCUGGAAAAACCACAUCCAUGUACAUGCUGGCUGGAGAAGUAAAACCAAGUGCUGGAGAGGUAAUACUUUGUGGCAAUGACCCAGCUGGGUCCACUGGGUUUCUUGGCUACUGUCCCCAAGACAAUCCUCUAUGGCCCAAUCUGACCGUGAAAGAACAUUUGGAGAUCUAUGCCGCUGUUAAGGGCAUGAAGAAGGAAGAUGCUGGUAUUGCAAUCAAACGAGUUGCAGAAGCCUUGGAGCUGAAAGAUCAUAUGGGAAAAGCAGCCGGAAAACUGUCUCUUGGCGUGUCCAGAAAGGUGUGCUUUGCCAUAAGCAUGUUGGGUAACCCCAAUAUUGUCCUUCUGGAUGAACCUUCUACUGGGUUGGACCCCAAAGGUCAGCAGCGUCUUUGGAGAGCCAUAAGAGCAGCUUUCAAAAAUAAAGACAGAGGGGCUAUUCUGACCACUCACUACAUGGAAGAAGCUGAAGCCGUUUGUGACCGAGUGGCCAUCAUGGUGUCUGGGAAGCUCAGAUGCAUUGGAUCAAUCCAACAGCUAAAGAGCAAGUUUGGAAAAGGCUAUCUUCUUGAGAUUAAAGUAAAAGAGUCUCACCAAGUCGAUCAGAUUCACACGGAGAUAAUACGGAUAUUCCCUCAUGCAGCAAGGCAGGACAGAUUCUCUUCCCUGCUUGUCUAUAAGAUCCCCAUGGAUAAUGUGCAUUCCUUGUCCCAAGCUUUUCUACUUCUGGAGGAAGCUAAACGUGCCUACAACAUUGAGGAAUACAGCUUCUCCCAGUCAACCUUGGAACAGGUGUUUAUUGAGUUGGCUAAAGAGCAGGAGAGGGAGGACUUUGGGCUGAACAACACAUUUCAAUGGAGACAACUGAGGACCGAAAGUAUCUGAAAAAACAUCAACAUAUGGACAUAUAUGGAGGCCUUUGGCUAAGAAGACAAAAUAUUAUACUUGUUGAUGGCAGGUUUUAAGUAUCAGUUUUCUUAAUAUUUAAAAGUGUCCUACUGGAAAGGAAAUGUAAAGUCCUUGAAUUAAUGUGAAGGUGGAGGCGGUGCUUGUUCUCCAUUAAUUGUAUGUCCUUUUGAAAGGGAGCCUAUUUCAUCUCUUUGCCUAAACCGUGCAAAACAGCUGAGCCCAUAUAAUGUGACAUUUGCAACAGGAUAAACACUGAAAAAAAUUAUAACAGUGAUGAUUUUAACUACCCUUUGAUCUGGGGCUGUUUAACUACCAUUUUAACUACCCUGUGAUCUGGGGCUGUUUAACUACCAGAAUGAGGAUUCUGAAGCUUCUGAUCUCUUUCCUGAGCAGAGCAACAUCAGAACACUACUUUGUUUUAUUUCUGAAGUAAAUCUCUUAAUCUUUGGCUGUACAAAUACAUGGUCUGAUCAGGUUGCACCGUUGUUAUUAAAUCCAUUAUACUAGCAGUUCAUAAAGAAUUAAAAAGUUCUGUAA